GGAACUAACGGUGACAGUGAGUCACAAUAAACAUGGCGCACCUCUUCCAGGUGGACCGCGUCCGCCUCUUGUGUUCCUGUUGCGUCCUCAAACCUAUCACUGCUAUUUAUUUUUGCCGCCAUUGCCUGAAGCUGAGAUGCGGGAACUGUGUUUCUCACGAGGUAGAUACGCUCUUCUGCCCCAACUGCUUGGAGAAUAUGCCGUCCACCGAGGCACGUCUCAAGAAGAACAGGUGUGCCAAUUGUUUUGAUUGCCCAAGCUGCAGCCACACCUUAUCAACUAGAGCAACAAGCAUCCAAACUCCAUCUCCAGAUGACUCGAGUAAAACAGUGACCAGGAAGGUGUACUACUUGGCCUGUACAAGCUGCAGGUGGACUUCAAGGGAUGUUGGUCUUAAAGAUCAAACAGUUGCAACUGGAGGCUGGUCUGAGCAGGAUAAUGAACAUUAUAAGUAUCUGCAGUCCCUGUUGGAGCAUUAUCGGUCAGUUGCUCAGCAAGAGAAGCUUGACCGUGAGAGGAAACGAUUUUCUCAUCGUAAGUCGGCUUACUUGACCCUCACAGACAAGUAUGGCCUUCCAUCUCUCUUAGGACGGAAAUCUCUUGCACCGCUCUCACCUUAUGCACCAAAGGGGGAUACUAGCCAAGCCUCAGAAAUGACCCCAUCAGAAGCCGUUUCUGAAGUAGAUGGUCUUCCCGAUAAUAUAUUUACUGAUGAAGUCGUUUUAUCAUUGGCAACAAACAUGGAGCAGCGCAUGGCAUCCCCUGAAUGGCAGCCAGAGAACACCUGCGACUUGUACCCGCUUCACAAGCACAUUCUUGUCAAGCGGUCUCUUAGGUGCCGCCACUGUGAGCACAACCUUUCUAAGCCAGAGUAUAAUCCUUCUUCAAUCAAAUUCAAGAUUCAGCUUGGAGCAUUUUAUCAUGUGCCUGAGGUAAGGAUGGUUCAUCAGAUGGAUCUGAAGUCAGAUGUGGAGACAUGUGUUCAAGUCUCCCUUUGUAACCCUACACCUCAUGACAUGACUUUAGCUCUCCUCCCAUUUGUUCCUGAGGCUUAUAUAUCCCAGCAGCAGAAAGUUGAGGAAUCGGAAGAUGGAGAGUGUCUGAACACCAGUAGUCUAGUGCGGGUGGUAGAUAUACCCCCAGAGAAGACUGACCUGACUCCCACAGCAGAUGUUGCACUGCCACAAGGCCAACUUGUCUUGGCUGCUAGAGAUGAUACUGCCGAAUAUGAUGACCAGGACUCGAGCUCAAAUUAUAAAGAUGAUCCUCAUGUGGUGGCAUGGCGUCGAGCAAAUAAAGUUGGUGUUAAUCUACUAGUAACUCCAAAACCUGGUGUUGCACAAGCUAAGGUGGGUUUUGUACUACGUUAUGAUUACACAAACACUGUUGCCACAGCUAGUGAGUCGAGGACAGUUACUUUAAAUAUUCCUGUUAUGAUAGAUGUUGGACCUGUUUCUGAAGUGAAAUAAGAGCAUACCAGUUAUCCCAAACAAGAUUUAUUACUAUAGGCAACAUUUAAUCACACAAAUGUUAGGCAAUAAUGUUAAUGCACACUAGGUAUUGGCUUAUAAGCACACAUCCAUUGUCACGUGACAUCUAAUGUUGAAUAAGCAAGGUUGUUUUUAUUGCAUGGUGUCAAAGUAGGGUUUCAACUGUAAUUUCAUUGCCAAUGCUUAAAUUAUGGCUUUGAUACGUAGCUUGCCAAGAAACUUGGUAUUUGAGCUUACUGUCUUGGUUGUAAAGACAAUUCCUAACCUCUAAUGUUGGUGUAACUCUAGGAAUGUAUUGAUAUGUCACUCGUGCCAUGUUCAGUACUCUUAACACCAGUUGUUCUUAAAUUACAAAUUAUAUAAGAAAAAUGAGCUGUUGGUUCCUAAUGUCCUAAAUAAAUACAUGACUAUUU